AAUCGCAACUGAGGUACCAAAAAAGGGAAAAGGGUUAGGCGUAUAAUUUGGUGGUGGCUGCGCAAGAAAAGAAAAGAAGAAAAAGGACAUACAAGACAAAGCGAGGUGCAACAAUGGCUGGCGCUGCUACUCUUCUUUCCGGCGUCUUUUCCCCGGCCUCGAUUCGAACUCCUUCAAUCUUUUUCCAUCAUUCCCACUCUCUCUCUCGUCCCCGUAUCUUCAUUCCUCCGGGCAACGUCAUCAAUCCUUUCAAUUGUAGACUCAGCUGUUAUGGGUCCACGAGAGGGGCGAUGUUCAAGGUUCAAGCUUUAUCUGCUCCCUCGGAGGACAGUGUCAAGAAGACAAUCAGCGAGAAUCCAGUUGUUGUUUUCUCCAAGACAUGGUGUUCGUAUUCCGCUGAGGUGAAAUCACUGUUCAAGGAUCUUGGAGUGAAACCACUUGUUAUCGAAUUGGAUCAAAUGGGACCAGAUGGAAAUGAAUUGCAGAUUACAUUGGAAAGGCUGACGGGCCAACGUACUGUCCCAAAUGUUUUCAUUGGAGGCAAACACAUUGGUGGUUGUACAGAUACGGUUCAGCUACAUCGGAAAGGAGAGCUUGAACCAUUGUUGUUGGAAGUUGGAGCUAGACCAACAAAGAGCUAGAGUUUUUAUGAUUCAUGUUUUUAAUUAAAUGUUCGGUUUGUUUCCUAAUACGAUAGACCCGGUCUUACAGUUUUCUUUUUCUGAUUGUCUUAAUUUAAACACCAUAGUAAUGUUGAAGAGAAGAUUUUGCUUCAAGGAGAAAAGAAGUUUACA